AUGGCAGGACAACUGGACUGCAAUGUAGGAUCACAAAAAUAUGAAUUCAAUUCCCACCAUGUCCGAGGACUCCCCUUACCAUCUCUGCUGGAAUUUUCUCAUUCAUCUGAUCAAUCAAAACACCAGUGUAAUCACACUGAGAAGAGAUUGUGGAAAUGUGAGGAGUGCGGAAAGGAAUGUCUUUACCCAUCCCAGCUGAAACUUCAUCAACGCAGUCACACUAGGGAGAAGCCAUUUACUUGUUCUGAGUGUGGGAAGCGAUUCACUCAGUCAUCCCAACUGUUGACACAUCAGCGAGUUCACUCUGGGGAGAAACCAUUCAUCUGUUCUGUGUGUGGAAAAGGCUUUGCUGAUACAUCCCACCUUCUCAAACACCAGCGAAUUCACACUGGGGACAGACCAUUCAUUUGCUCUGAGUGUGGGAAAGGAUUCACUCAGUCAUCCGACUUCCUGAGGCACCAGCGAGUUCACACUGGAGAGAAGCCAUUCAUCUGCUCAGUUUGUAGGACAGGAUUCACUCGCUCAUCCAGCCUGCUCAAACACCAGCAAGUUCACACAGGGGAGAGACCAUUCACUUGCUCUGAGUGUGGAAGGAGAUUCACUCGCUCAUCCUACAUGCUGAUACACCAGCGAGUUCACACAGGAGAGAAACCAUUCACCUGUCCUCAGUGUAGGAAAGGCUUUGCUGACUCAUCUCACUUGCUGUUACAUCAGCGAGUUUACACGAGGAAGAAACUGUACAACUGUUCUGAGUGUGGAAAGGCAUUCAUUCAGUCAUCCAACCUGCACAGCCACCAGCGAGUUCACAACGGAGAGAGACCAUUCAUCUGCUCCACGUGUGGGAAGAGAUUCACUCAAUCAGCGCACCUACGAAUGCACCAACGAGUACACACUGGAGAGAAGCCAUUCACUUGCUCCAUGUGUGGGAAAGGGUUUACUCGAUUACCCCACCUACUAAUACACCAACAAAUUCAUAAUUAACUGCAGCUGAAGGAUUUGCUGUUCAUCACACCAAGGAAUGAACUGUGGUCGUCAGGCUGUUUAUACUGAUGUUAAUGAAUCCUGCUCUACUGACGGUGCUGUUACUGGAGAUAAAAUUCAUUUCCAAUUGCGUGUCUGUAGGACCAGUUUGGUAAUGACUGCAUUACUGCACAUCAAUAUAUGCCCACAGGUUAGAGACUGUUCAGCUAGGAAUCCACAAAGGGAUUUUCUGAUUUAUCAGGACUAAUGAGUAACUGGAGGUUUUGGAAUUUGAUGCCAUUGACAAAUGUUUUCUGUGGUCUUUUUCAGAUUAUGUAUUUAAGCAGCACCAAUCUGGUAGCAGAUUAUUUUCUGUCAAAUGACUUUACCUCCCCCACGUCUCCUCCAUCCUCACCAGCAACAAGUAUGAGGAUCUGAUUGAGCCUCUCUCUUAAAAAGAUUGAGUAGAGUGACCUCUAACUAAAUUGGUAACAGUGUUAAUUACCAGUGAAAAAUGCUGCAGAAAUUAACAACAGUCUGUCUUACUAAAUUACUUUGGGAAGGAAAUCUGCAGAAGUUGUCCACUCUGGCCUACAUGUGAGUCCACAGCACAGCUGUUUUCCCUGAGGGGCUAAACAAACUGCUCGAUAGCAUAAAACCGCACAAAAUUGCACAAAAGAGAUGAGGAAAACUAAAAGAAACACCUGGCAUCAACCUAAGCAUCAGAAUCAAGAAAUGCAAACCCAGCCUCAUUGACUGUUCUCUUUUAUAAUAUGAGAGGGGUUUGUUAUAAAAUUGAGAGAACUGUCCCAAAUUUUGAUUAAGCAACAGCCUGAUGGAGUCAUAUUUGUGGAAUUUGACACUACUAACAAUAUAGAACUCAAUAAUACAGAUAUUGGUCAGACCACCUAUAGAGUAUUCAUUUAGAUUUAGAGUUUUGUUGUCAUGUGUACUCAAAUACAGGAGUACAGUGAAAUGUGUGUAAUGUCACCAGAUAUGGUGCCAUCUUAGGUAUGUAAAUCUAAAAAAUGUUUAAGUACAAAGUAUUGAAAGAAAUGAGAGUUAAAAAGUUAAGCAUUACUUCACAGAACAGUAGAAAAAUUUAAAAAAAGUUAUGGUUUAAAUUAAAGUCUUUUGUAGUCUAAACUAGGAAAAUGAAGGAUUAAGUGAAAAGUUCACCAGGCUAUACUUAUUUCAGUCUCUGAGUGAACUCAGUUGUCUGUUCUUGCCAUGGCUGCCACAUAUACUGUCUUUGCUGCUGCCUCUCCGAUCUCCCCCCAGUGCCUUGGGAAUGUGCCCAGGCAGGAUCCAGUUGCACAAUGAGCCGAGACACUGCUAUAAGCUGUUAAGAGACCAGCUGACACACCACAGAGAGACCAGGCUGGGACCUGCCACACACUGCUGAGAGAUUAAAUUUUGAUUAGAUUCCCUACAGUGUGGAAACAGGCCCUUUGGCCCAAGAAGUCCAUACCAUCCCUUGAAGCAUCCCACCCAGACCCAUCCCCCGUAACCCACACACCCCUAAACACUACAGGCAAUUUAGCAUGGCCAAUCCACCUAGCCUGCACAUCUUUGGACUGUGGGAGGAAACCGGAGCACCUGGAGGAAACCCACACAGACACGGGCAGAAUGUACAAACUCCACACAGACAGUUGCCCAAGGCUGGAAAUUGAACCCAGGCCCCUGGUGCUGUGAGGCUGCAGUGCUAAUCACUGAACCACCAUGCCACCCUGCCACCACAAGCUGCUAGGCUGAGACCUGUCUCAAGGGACGUGAACACCAAGAAAGGGAAACACCAGAAAGGGGGAUCAAAUAAGGAAAAAUGAGAAGUAAGUAAGAAAUAAACAGAAGGAGUGGAGUACCUCCAUUUGGAGUGUGCAACUCUGCCGAGUGUAUGUUAAGUUCUGGCACCUUUAGGGAAGGUUGUUAAAAGCCUGAAGAAUAUGCUUAGGUGAUUUACUGGAAUGAUAGCAAGAUGGAUUGGAAGACUGCUUUCAGCGAUGAGCCAUAUGAUGAGUGUCCAAUUGGUCGGGUACCAUAAGGGAAUGGAACCAAACCAACUCAGUAAACCUUUUCCUCCCCAAACUUUGGUGGAGCUCCUCAAAGGAAUGUAGCACAUACGGAGGUCAGAACUGCUAGCCUGAGAUUCAGCCACAGUGAUUACCACUUUUCUCUCUUUCUAUUUAAUCUAAUAUCUAACCUCCAUAACCAACCUUUUUGUUCUGUCAGUCAGAUUUAAGUGCUGGCUUGAGGAAAGAUUUUGUUAGUGGUUUUUAAGAGUUUUUAUCAUUGCCACUUCUUGAAUUCUGUUCAAGUAUUUUUCGUUAGUAUUAAAUAAUUGUUCCCAUUUUGCAUAAAAGAAGUUUUCAAAAUUCUUCGUGAUAAGUAUAUCUUGGGGCUAGUAAAUUGAGGGACAGGUGAAUUAUGAGGAGUCAUUGCGAACUUCACAAAAUGCUUGGGAGGUAUUCCUGACCCUUGUUUCUUCACCUUCUGUUUGUCAGUAUCUGUGACAGGAGAUCUGUUUGGAUUUGAAAGUGUCUGGGAGACGUUGGAGGCAGAUUCCAUAACUGGGCAGCUCUCGGUGAAGUUGGCAUAGACACAAUGGACAAAAUGACCUCUUUCUGGACUUUAAAUGUGAAGAUUUCUAUGGUUGUUUCUCAAAAACGUCUCAAGCGUCAAAAUUCUGAAGUCCCAAACCUGCACUCUCCACAUAUGAAAAGGGAAAGGGUGACAGAUUAUGUGAACACGAUCAUCUCCAAGCCACAGAUAAUCAAAUAUUGGAUGAACUCAUAAUUAAUUCAUUUAAGUAUUAGGAAGGCUGAAGCCAUUGCUUUCACAUCUCAUUACAAACUCCACUUCAUCACCAAAUCCCACCCCUCUCUCUGACGACUGUCUGAGGCUGAACCAGACUGUUCACAAAAUAUUUCAUCCCAGGAUGACUUUGCACCCACGUAACCCCAUCACCAACAAGUUUGCCUAUUUCCGUCUCAGUAACAUCACCCAACUCUACCCUAUUCUCAGCUUAACUGUUGCUGAAACUGUCAUCCUCUCCUUUGUCGCUACGAGAUCUAACUAUCAUAAAUUCUGUGACUGUAGCUGAUGGUUUAACUGGACAAUUCACAUCUGAGAAUUAAAUCUGGCUUGAUAAAUCUUCCUUAUAUCGUUUAUGAUGUGGAGGUGCCGGUGUUGGACUGCAGUGGACAAGGUCAGAAAUUACACAACACCAAGUUAUAGUCCAACAGGUUUAUUUGAAAAUUAUCUCUCUCACUGUACCCGAAGGAUUGAGGCACAAGAACCUUGUGUUUUCAAAUAAACUUGUUGCACUAUAGCCUGGUGUUGUGUGAUUUCUGACCUUUUGUUGCUUAGUCGGUGAACACACUGGUCUAUUGCUGUUCCAUGUUCACAGGGGGCAGCAUUUUUAUUUUACACAAGAACAGAGUUUAUUCCAUUAAAGGUGAAAGACAACAAACUAUCCGAAUGUCAAGGACAGUUCUUCCUUCACUUCUGUCACUCUGCCUCAUCAAUAAGACAUUGGAUAUGAAAGGCCAAUGCAGCUGAAGGGACAGGUUGUCUGCAUUCUGAAGAUUGGGUAGCAAGCUCCUCCUUGUUAUUCCUGACAUUUCCCUCUAGAAAGAUGGCAAUCACACAUGUGUAUUGCUGCCCAUUCCCCCCAAGCUAGAUAGCAGCUGUCACUUCAGGUUCUGUCCGCGCUCCAUGCAAACAGCACAACAAAAUAUUAUUUCCCAGUAUUUGCGCCUUACACAAGACGUUCACGAAACCUUUCCAUCCACUUGCCUAACCCAUCUCCCCUCUGCCCACCUCAUUCCUCAUACUUUUGAAAAUGAGGAAGAAAACUAUCCAUUGUCAAUAUUCACUCCACAUGUGUUCUAUUUGCUAUUGUUUCUGUGCCUGUGCAGUGAGCUCAAAUUCUGUUGAUAUAGCACUUUCUGAACUGUGUGGAAUGCUGAGUAGAACAGCCACCAUGAGAAUAACAAAGUUUUAUCUUUAGACUUGCUUUUUUAAAUGGGAUGCAGAACGGAGCAGGAUGGCCAAAUAAUACUAGUAGGCAAUAAGUUAUACUGAUACCUGUCUGAACCAGAGACUAAAGUCAUGAUGUAAUACAGAUCUUCACUUUUUAGAAGCAGUCCGUCAGCCCAUCAUGUUUGGAGUGCGGUGUGGUGAGUUGAACAGGAGAAAAGCGAUUCUCUAAGAUCAUAGCUGAUCUACCCUUGGCUUCACUUCUUUAUUUUAUGCCAAUUUGUCAUAGCCUUCAACUCCUCAAUAGUUCAAGAAUGCAGCUGCCACUUGUUUAAAAACUUGCAUUGAUCUAGGCUCCACAACUCUAUUGUUGAGAAAUCCAGGAAAUAAUUUCAUUCCGAGAGCAGAAAUCCUUUUGCAAAUCAGUUAUAUCUUAAUGUCUGUUAUUCAGUACUCAAGUCAACCAGAUUGGGAUCCCUUCACUAGUAGAAAGAUCUUCUCCCUAUCAGUCCUGUCAUGCCUCUUCAGAAUCCUGUAUGUUUCAAUGAGAUCACCCCUCAUUCUUCUAAAGCCCCAGUUAGCAUUUAAUUUCCUGAAUACAUGGAUGAAUACUGUAAAUAGAAUGCCAGGAGCAGCUUCAAUAAAAACCAAAAUAACUGUAGAUACUGUAAAUCAGGAACAAAAACAGAAGUUGCUGGAACAGCUCAGCAGGUCUUGCAGCAUUGGUGAAGAAAAAUCAGAGGUAACAUUUUGGGUUCAGUGACCUGGCACCUCUCCUGUCAUUAGAGAGGAGUGGAAAACUUGAAAAAAUAAAAACAAAAGAAAAAUGCCCCUGCUGGUUUGUCCUUUGCCUCCAUCCAGCCCUUGAGAUUUAUCUACUCUUAAGCCUGCCAGACUAAUCUGUACUAAUUUCUUUAAUAUUAUCACGGAACAUAUCCCUGAUUUCUAUAUCCAUAUUGUCUCCCUCACAAGUGAACUUUGAGACAAAGUAUUAUUUAAAACAUCCUCUAGCUCCACACACAACAAGAUGACAUCCCUCCUCACUGCUGUAACAGAUUGCCUGGCUAAUACUGUAACCUUCAUCCACUUAUGUGUCCUUCACUGUCUCACAUGAAGACCUAAUAUCCUGGGUCUUAACUGACUUGUAAUGUUAAUGUCUUCCUGACUCACUUUUUUAAAAUUCUCAUUUUGACCAUUCUUCCUACCCUUUUGAGCGAUGUUUCUGGAUCUCAGCACCCUGGGAAUUUAAUUGACAUGCUGCACAGCACCCACAAACCUCUCCACCAGGAUACUGCUACCAUUCUUCAGGAGCAACCCUAUUCACCUUCAACAAACUGCAAACAGAAAUGAAAUAAAAAGGCUUCUUUCCCAGUUUGCAGGAUUCCAAUGGUGCACUA